UAUGGCUCGAACUGGCCAAUGGCAGAGGGGGGCAGCGGGAAAUUUAAAUCCCGCCCGGCGCGGCCCGGCGCAGUGGCAGCGUGCUGUGGGUGGCAGGAGACUUGUAUUUUUGUUUGUGCUUCUUGAAAUCUAAUAACCAAGAUGUCUACAAAUGAGAAUGCCAAUGCAGCAGCAGCUCGCUUGAACAGGUUCAAAAACAAAGGAAAAGAUACUACAGAAAUGAGGAGGCGGCGUAUUGAAGUCAAUGUAGAGCUGAGGAAAGCUAAGAAAGAUGACCAGAUGCUUAAACGAAGAAAUGUUAGCACUUUACCAGAUGAUGCCACUUCUCCCCUUCAGGAAAACAGGAACAACCAGGUUUCAGCACACUGGUCUGUUGAAGAAAUUGUCAAAGGAGUUAAUAGCAAUAACAUGGAGCUUCAGCUACAGGCUACUCAAGCUGCCAGGAAACUCCUUUCAAGAGAGAAACAGCCCCCCAUAGACAACAUAAUCCGGGCUGGUUUGAUUCCAAAGUUUGUCUCCUUUUUGGGUAGAGCAGACUGUAGUCCUAUUCAGUUUGAAUCUGCCUGGGCACUGACCAACAUUGCUUCGGGCACAUCAGAACAAACAAAGGCAGUAGUAGAUGGUGGGGCUAUUCCAGCCUUUAUAUCACUACUGGCCUCUCCUCAUACUCACAUCAGUGAGCAAGCUGUGUGGGCAUUAGGAAAUAUUGCAGGGGAUGGCUCUACGUAUAGGGAUUUAGUUAUUAAAUUUGGUGCAAUUGAACCACUGCUGACUCUACUGGCUGUUCCUGAUCUCUCUUCUCUGGCUUCUGGAUAUUUACGCAAUGUUACCUGGACCCUCUCAAACUUGUGUCGUAAUAAGAAUCCUGCACCACCCAUAGAAGCUAUUGAGCAGAUUCUUCCAACUCUUGUUCGACUCUUGCACCAUGAUGAUCAUGAAGUUUUAGCAGACACAUGCUGGGCUAUCUCCUAUCUAACAGACGGCUCCAAUGACAGGAUAGAAGUUGUUGUGAAAACUGGAUUGGUGCCACAACUUGUAAAACUUCUGGGAUGUAGUGAACUGCCAAUAGUGACUCCUUCUUUAAGAGCCAUAGGAAAUAUUGUUACUGGUACUGAUGAGCAGACCCAGAUUGUUAUUGAUUCAGGAGCACUAUCUGUCUUUCCAAGUCUCCUUUCUCAUCAUAAAAACAACAUUCAGAAAGAAGCAGCAUGGACAAUGUCAAACAUCACUGCGGGACGUCAGGACCAGAUUCAGCGAGUUGUAGAUCAUGGUCUUGUGCCUUAUCUCAUUGGUAUUCUGAGGAAGGGGGAUUUCAAAUCUCAAAAGGAAGCUGUGUGGGCUGUGACUAACUAUACAAGCGGUGGAACAAUCGACCAGGUCGUCUAUCUCGUUCAGGCUGGUGUUGUUGAACCUCUCCUGAAUCUCCUCUCUGCUAAAGACACCAAGACUGUACUAGUAAUUCUGGAUGCUAUUUCUAAUAUUUUCCUGGCUGCUGAGAAGAUUAAUGAGACUGAAAAACUUUGCCUCAUGAUUGAGGAGUGUGGAGGUCUAGACAAAAUUGAAGCUCUUCAGUCGCAUGAAAACGAACAAGUGUACAAAGCCUCAUCUACCCUCAUUGAGAAAUAUUUCUCAGCAGAAGAGGAGGAAGACCAAAAUGUUGUACCAGAAUCUACUGCUGCUAGUUACACUUUCCAAAUUCAGGGCAAUACUCCAAAUACUUUCAACUUCUAGAUACUGCAUACACUGUAACUAUGUACAAGUUAUUUGGCAUGCAAGUGUCUGCCAUUUCUAUGUCUUAAUAGCCCCUCUUUGUUUUUUGUGACCUGUAGCACUUUGUCCAACUGAACCAUACUUGAACAGUUCAAAACUGUACAUAUGUGAAUUUUUAACUGUUAACUGUAAACCUCACUCUCUGAGAUGCUUGUAAAUAUAUGUUCUCUUCUCAUUUCUGUCUUCUACUGUCCCUGUCUUGCAUAAGAAUGCAGGUAGCCAAUAUAAGUUUCUCUCAAAGCAUGAGCCGUUGCUCUGUGUAACUUUGCUCUGUGUAACCUCCUUAUAAACUACACUCAAAACACUGAGUAGGCUUUUAAAGAGAAUUUGUCUAAAGUUCAAUAAAGUGGUAUCAAGACAUCAAAA